CUAACUUUCUGAUUCAAUUCAAAAUGAACCAAACCUCUCCUUGACUACAAUGUGGAUACACUCAGACAAUUCAAACAUGAGAGGCCUGUUUCAUUUCACGGAAAGCCUAUUAACUAGCAGUGAUCUGAGAUUUCACGGUAUAUUAGCCCCUGCAGUUCCCCUCAGGUUUACUGCCGAGUACAUUUCCAGAUUUCUCUGGACAGGCAACCAUCCUACCUAUUUUUCCGGUGCCGUGGUACAGUCCCAGCUUUUCUGUAUGGCGCUGCAUCACCUGGAUGCUGCUAGAACAUCCCUCUGUGGGUGAGGGAGGGGUAUCUGCACAAGUCUCAACUGCGUUGUUUUGGGAUUACAUCACUGUAUCGUCAGAGCGUGUUCAGUCUGAGCAGUCAAGAAGAGCCCAGUCAGUCUGAGGCUCCUGCACAGUUUAAUUAGACUCUGCAAGAACUACCGCACCAAGAAAGAAGACACCGCAGGGUCCAUUUGACUGGUCGGCACACAGACUAAGACAGCCUUCUGCAGGACGACAGGCGGGCAUCAUGACACAGGGCAAGCUGACACUUGCAAACAAGACCACCAAUGGCUCGUCCAGUGGACAGGCCUUAGUGGCACCAGCUCCUCCCAGCUAUGAGGAAGCCACUGCAGGCACCAGUGCUCCUUGCUACAAUGAUGUUGAGAUGCUCACAGAGUUCACCUGGGAUGAUCGAAACAUCAGGAGGGUCUUCAUCCGUAAGGUGUAUGCCAUCUUGAUGAUCCAGCUUUUGGUCACUCUCGCUAUUGUGGCUCUUUUCACAUUUUGUGACCCUGUGAAGGAUUACAUUCAGUCCAAUCCUGGGUGGUACUGGGCCUCUUAUGCUGUGUUCUUUGUCACAUAUCUGACACUCUCUUGCUGCUCUGCACCAAGGAGACAGUUUCCAUGGAAUCUGAUUCUGCUUACCAUCUUCACCCUGUCGCUCUCGUACAUGACGGGAAUGUUGUCCAGCUUUUAUAACACCAAGUCAGUAGUGAUGGGUGUGGGCAUCACAGCAGCAGUCUGUCUCCUGGUCACCAUCUUCAGCUUCCAAACUAAGCUUGAUGUGACAUCAUACCAAGGCGUGCUCUUCGUCUUCUGUAUGGUCAUGUUUAUCUCCGGACUGGUGCUGGCAAUCGUCCUCCCCUUUCAAUAUGUACCCUGGCUGGAUGCCAUCUAUGCUGUCUUGGGGGCAAUACUGUUUACCAUGUUCUUGGCAUUUGACACCCAGCUCCUCAUGGGGAACAAGCGCUACACCAUGAGUCCAGAAGAGUACGUGUUCGCCACUCUGAACAUCUACCUAGAUAUCAUCUACAUCUUCUCCUUCUGCCUCCAAAUCUUUGGAACAAAACAAGAGUAAACCAUCGCCACACCUUUCUCACCUGCAGACAGGUCAUGCACCAGUGUCGCAGUUUAGGCAGACAUGAUAAGAGUCUUUUAAAAUUCUGGUGAUUGUGGUGACAAUGAUUCCAGUUGUAACAGCUUAAUUUUUUUUUUAUUUAUUUUUUGCCUGAUACUGAUAUGGUCAUGAACACUUUGUGAAUUUCUUCUACGACGAUACAUGUCAAUAGAACAGCCAAAAUGUCAAUAACCUUUCCCUCCUCUCUAGCAUGUAAUGAAUCCACACCAUAGGAUUAGCUUACUAGCUUUACCAGCCAGAAACAUUCAGUCAUCUGUGAUUGUACAUUUAAUGUAGAUAAAACGAUAAAACAUACUGUGAGUGUUCAUCCGAAGCUGUAUGGGUGUCUUUAUAUCCAUGCCUGCCUAGAUAUCACAAAUCUUCUGCAAACAACACAUGUCAGUGCUCCUUCAGAGGUUUAAGAUCUAUAAUACAUUAUGCAUGACUCUUGAAAGAAGUCCUGACUAUGCCAUGUAUAGUCAUGCCAUCAUUUAACUGUUGUUGUGGGUGUGUAUCUAGGGACUGAAAGCACAAGAGUUAAGUUAAAAAAAAAACAAAGAUUUUGGUGUGUUUUUGAUUAUAUCCUAAGUUUUGUCAAUACUCUGAAUUACAAGAAACACCUUUAGGGGGUAAGUGACAUGUUUUUCUGGCCUUUGGAUGACAAUCUGUAUUUGGGAUGUUGGUACUCAUCUCUGCCUUGAUUUGUUGCUCAGAUUCAUUGUAUACUGUGUUGUUUACAUGUUAAUCUUUGCUCCAUUUAGCUGUUUAUUAUUAGAGUGUCAUUUGUCUCUGAUUUUGAACCCGAAAUGAAUGAAGACUGCUGAGACUUUUUUUCAUGAAAAUUUGCACAUAACUUUAUUGUUGGCAUUUUUGUUUUGGGUUUUGAUAUUAUUUAAAAAUGUAUUGGAUUUAUUUAAAUCUGAAUUAUCUGAAUUUAUUUUAAAACAUUGAAUUUGAAGUGGUGACUCAAGAUAAUUAAAUCAAAACAUGAUAGCGCCAUAGAUGUAUGGAUUUACUGUAAUUUUGAUAAAGAAUGCUUUUGUGGAAGGGCUUGAAUGCUAGAGUUCAUUACACUCUAACUUUAUUUUUUUAUGACCAAAUGAUAUAAUUCAGAAAGUGUGUGACAUAAAAUGGUGAGUUUGAAGCUUGAAAUAAAUUUGUAAGUGUUCUAAAGUGCACUUGGAUUAUGUUUAUUUGAUGACACUGAUGCAGUAAACGGUUUUCAAAGAGCCCUGCAUUUCACCAUAGGACUGGUGUUGCUGUAUCAAUUUAUUAAAUGGUGAAUGUGUAUGAAUGCUCUCACUGGUUCUCUUUGAUGUAAUAAAUAAUAUUCUUUAAAGCCUCUACA